UAUCUUUCCUGAGAGUGGAAUACCACUGUACCUGCGAAGGAAAAAGGGGACGGGGGGGUUAGCUCCGAUCGAAAGAUAUAAUAAGGAAGCGGUGCAAUGAACGGUGCACACCUGCUUAUUCGAGAUGCGGGCAUACUGAGGCUGGGUGUGAUGCCGAACCUUCAACCAUUUAAAACCAUCACCAGAUACUUCGUCUCCCCGGCAUCGCACCACACUUACAACUUCCUACAAUACGAAUACCGUCCAAACCUUUCACUGAUCACAUACACCUCUCGCCGCACCAAGAAAAAGAAAAAUUACCGACCCAUUUUCGGUAAAGCAAUACAUAACUCUGCAACACAAUCAACAAACAUGGUCACCACUAAUGCAUCCAAAGAUGAGGCUGUAAAGCCAAAGGUCACACUGUUCUGGCUCAACCAAUCCCGCGCCCAACGAAUAGUAUGGCUUCUCGAAGAGCUCGGUCUGGACUACGAUCUCGAGAUUUACAGACGGGUGGAUAAGCUAGCUCCAGCAAACGCUAAGGAAAUUCAUCCACUCGGGAAAUUCCCAGUGGUAAAGGUUAACGACGAUCUGCUUGCCGAGUCUGGAUUCAUUACCGAGUACUUGGUCGACAACUAUGGCGAAUGGCUGAAGCCAAAAGACCGUGCUUCUUUGAUGAGAUACAAAUAUUUUCUCCAUUACGCAGAGGGCUCUUUUAUGCCUCCCCUGAUCGUUGGGGUUGUAAUGCAGGGUGUCAGGAGCGCACCCGUCCCGUUCUUCUUGAAGCCAUUUGUCAAUAUGAUAUGCUCCGGUGUGGAGACAAAAUUCUUGUUACCAAAUUAUAAGACCCAUUUCGACUUCCUCGAGUCCGAAAUCUCCGAGCGCCCAUGGCUUGCUGGAGAAGAGUUUACCGGCGCGGAUAUCCUGCUAUCUUUCCCACUUACCGCAAUGAAAGGGAAAUCGAUAUUCACUCAGGAGAAUUAUCCGAGACUUUGGGCAUAUACGGAAAAGCUCACCGAAAGGGAAGCAUACAAGAAGGCGGCAAAAAAGACCGAAACGAUGGAGGGAGAGAAGAUUUUUUAAACGAGGGUGGGCAAUAUGGUACCAGGAAGGCGGCUUGAAUUUACCGAAAUUUCUCUUUAGCAUAGUAUUGGAACGCAGAUCAAUGUGAUUGUUGGCUUGGGGGGUCUUGACCGCUGUACUGUA